AUGGUAAUAUUCACAGAAUCAGAACAGAAUGCUCAGUCAGUACUUGAAUACUUGGCUUUGCUCACUGAUUUUCUUUUUGUUGUUGUUAAUCAUCAUGAUGAGUGCUUUUUCUUGUUGUUACUCAUUGUGGUGAACUUUGUUAAAAUUUGCACUGCCUAUGUUACUGAUUCACGGCUUCAUGCCUCUCGGGUUUACCUUCAUGACCCCACCGCAUUUCUUGCAUCUGUUGAUCCUACUCUUGUAACCUGGUUGGAGGGUAGUGUUAGAUAUCAAACCAGUGGCAUUACACGAGGUCUUACAAUACUGUACAACAAACAGAAAAGGUGCUGUUAUGCUGAGGAUGAGAUCCUGAAAACUGUGUAUCUUCGUUUUUGGGAGAUGGAUCCGUUGGAUAGUGAUUUUUUCGGAUCAGACUCCGAUGUUGGGUUCCUUAGAGGAGACGAUCUAGACUUUUUAGACGACGAUUCAGAGGCUGAUGAAGAUAGACCUCAAGAUAAGAGAAUAGCAGAGCUGUCACAAGAAGAUAUCAUGCAACUUCAGUUUACAGAUGAGGAAGCUGUCUAUCGAUUCUACAAGACUUAUGCAAUGAUGCACGGUUUCGCUGUGAGGUUGGAUGAAGUCAGACGCGAUAACGAUGGUUCCGUUGUUUCGUUCUACGAAAAGUACUCUCAUGAAUUAGUUGCUCCACUCGACGUUAGCAUGAUGCCUGAGUAUCGCACAUUCAGUGUCUCGGAUAAAGCUCAGGCAAAUAAUUUGCACGACAUAGGUAUCAGGACCUGUCACAUCUUGGGAUACUUGGCUGCUCAAAAAGGUGGAUAUGCAAACUUGCCAUUCAACCAAAAAGACAUGUACAACCUCAUUACUCAAUAUAGGAAGGAAAAGGUGAAGGGUGGUGAUGCAAAUGCUGCAAUAAGCUAUCUGAGAGGUAAAGUUGGGAACGAUUCUUAUUUCUUUGGCAAGUACACAUUAAGUAAUGAGAAUCGAUUGGAAAAUUUGUUCUGGGCUGAUGGGACUAACAGCAUUGAUUAUGAGUGCUUUGGGGAUGUAUUGACAUUUGAUUCGACUUACAAUAGGAAUGUCUACAAUAAACCACUUGUUAUAUUUUCUGGUAGUAAUCAUCAUGGGCAGACCGUCGUAUUCGGUUGUGGUCUUCUUGUUAAUGAGGAUAUUGGUUCAUACAAGUGGCUCUUGGAAACUUUUUUGGAAGCAAUGGGGAGUAAACACCCUACGGCAGUUGUCACCGACGGAGAUCUUUCAAUGAGAGAAGCAAUUAAACAGGUCUUUCCUUCUGUAACACAUCGACUAUGUGCAUGGCACUUACAUAGGAAUGCAUGCGAGAAGGUUAAGAAUAGUGGAUUUCUAAUGGACUUCAAGCAAUUGAUUUAUGCCAAUGUGAGUGUUGAAGAGUUUGAGGUCAGGUGGGAAGAUAUGGUGGCCAGGUAUAACUUAUCAAGCAACUCUUGGGUCGUCCAAACCUAUGAGAUGAGGAAUCUAUGGGCUCUUGCAUAUUUGAAGGACCAAUUUUUUGGGCAAAUCAGGACAACAUCCCAGUGUGAAGGGAUUAACUCUCUAAUAAAAGCAUAUGUGAGAAAGAAAGAUACCCUUCUUGAAUUCAUCAAUAACAUGGAGACCGUGGUUAGCCAUUACAGGAACAAUGAAAGAGUCGCAGAGUUCAAUAGUAAAUAUACCGCUCCAGUACUUGUGACUUCUUUGCCGACACUUGAAGAUUUUGCUGCAAAGACUUUCACUCGUAACAUGUUCUGGGAGGUCAGGAAGGAAAUUGAGGGUACUUGUGCAAUGAAUACAGAGUUGGUAAUUCAGGAUGGUGGAAAACUAUACUUCAAGUGUAACAUUUUUGGAGUGCCAGAGAUUCAUCAUGUGGUUGAGUUUGACAGAGUUCGGGGGAUUCUCCGUUGCGAGUGUCUGUGGUUCGAAAAUAGAGGAAUUCCCUGCAUGCAUAUAUUCGCCUGCCUAAAGCACCAACAUGUUGAAGUUAUUCCAGAAAGCUUAGUGUGCAAGCGUUGGACGAAGAAUGCCAAGAGUGACUUCAUGAAGUCAAACGUCGAUGAUCCAAGUGAUUCUGAUAAGGUACUAAAGUGUCGUUUGGGUGUGUUGGGUGCUGAGUGUUCUAGGUUGAUGGAUUUGGCCUGUAAGAAUUCAAGUGAUUUUGUCGAAGCAAUGAAUAGUGUUGUCGACACAAUUACAAAACUCCAAAAGUGA